AUGGAUUGCGAGAAGUCAAUUUCUCGAUCAGUAACGAUGUCGACGAUUCAAACACCUUCAAAGUUUGAAAAAGUAAGUAUCUUUCAAAAAAAUUGUAAAGUUUGAGGUUUUUUUUUUUAAUUUUCAUAAAUUGAGUGUUUUUGGCCCAAUACAGAGCCUAUUUUCAUUCAUACUGCAUGUUGCUGGCAUUUUGUGGUUCUCUGAAAUGGUACAAAUGGAACAGUAAAGGGGCCGGGCCGAAUUUCUAGGUCCUAGAAUUUUUUUGGUUCUGCGUUCUAUACCGCACUUUUUCCUAUUUUUAUUAAUAUUUGAAAGCUAAAACUACAUUUUUUAUCAAUAUUAAAAAUUUAUAAUCCUAUUUUUAAAGUUAGCAAUUGUUUAAGCUUGAGAAUUGAUAAAACGAUAUCUUGUUCAACUUCUAAACCUCAAAAAUUAAACAAGCAACUUUUAUUAAUAUUGGAAUUAAAACCAUAUGAUUAUGCCUGUAUUUGUUACGUUUUUACUCAAGUUUUUCCCUGUUUAUUCUCACCAUAGCCCUACUCUAGCCUAAAAACCUUUAGAAUUCAUUGAAAUUUGAAAUUUAAAGUUUGACAUUUCGCUUUUUUGAUAAAACACUUUUGUGUACUCAAGAGAUGAAUCACAGAAUUUCCAGAAAAUUUAUGGCUUAAGAAAACUUGUCGUAGCAGGCUUAUCAGUUGAAGUUAACGCGUUUUCAACGUUGUCUACAUUGAGUUUUCUUGUAUUUAAAAAUUGGUUUAUUGCUUUGACAACGUGUUGUAGGUCUAUUUAAAAAUAAGUUUAUUAUAAAUUUAUAUUUGAUUCUUUGUUAACUAUAAACAUUCAAAACGUUUUUUAAAGCUACGAGUUUGUUAAAUUUGACUAAAUUUUAGUAAAAAAUUGGUUUACUUGAAGCAUUUAUAUAAAUAAUAACUGUUCUUACCUACUACAAUAUUACGUUUUUACCACGAAACUAUAAAUACGCUUUAAGAUACUAUAAUUUUACUACAAAAAGCUUUCUUUUAAGCUUUAAGCAGCUCUAUAAAUAAAAUUGUAUUUUGUGUUUUCAAGAAAAUCCUUUUAAUUUACUCAUUUUGUAGCUAAAUCUACUACAAUAUACAUUCAACUUGAGAGUACUACUUUAAAAUUCUAUUGAAUAAUCAACUAUCGUAGUUUGAAUUGUAAUAUUACGGCGUUUUCUAGCGCUUUUACUGCUUUAACCUAGUGGAUACUGCAAUACACUACAAUAUUUUUACCUAUUUUUACUACUUCAGUUCUAGUCAGUACCAAUUUUGGGUAUUACUAACAUAGUAUAAUACUGUAAAAGUACUAUUUAUUGAAAAAAAGUAAAAAAUCUACCCCGAAAUGACCAAUAAAAUAGGUUUUUCCGAAGCCGCUUAUGCCGGUCAGUAUCAUGCUCACAAACCAGUGAUUCAGGUCUGGACUCCAGUAUUCCCAGUACUAUCAGCGUUCUUUGGCAUCUUAUCAUUCAUCGUUGGAUACAUCAUUAGUGUAGCAAACGAUCAUGAGGAGGCUUGGUUUUCUUUUAUUAGGUAAAAUACGAACUUUAUUAUUAUCUAGCCGUACUAAAAUGUAUAUAUAAUACUAAUAGUAUAUGUUUUCAGUGAUGGUGGAUCACUGAAACCGGAAAGUUGCAUUUUUGGAAUUUUACUCAACUUUUCAGCGUUUUUCUGUAAGUUUUAAAAUUUUAAUUUUUUGAACUUUAAAAAAAAUUUUUCAAAAUUUAAUUUUAAAUUUUCAGGGUUCCUGACAUGUUUUUUCCCGCCAUUACCAGUUGAUCCAGUACGUUCAUUUCCAUCGUGGUCCACAGACAAAGUUCCGGAUCACAAUAUACAUCAUGUUGGUAUUGGGCGUACUAUCCGGUAUUGGGACUUCUGUUGUAGCCAAUUUCCAAGAAAGUGCCAUUCCUAUGGCACAUGGUCUUGGGGCUAUGUUGGCUUUCUUUGGCGGUAUGCUAUAUGUUUGGUUUUAUGUGACAAUAUCAGUGGUUAUCAAACCAAGAUUUUCUCCGAAUUUAUUGACCGGCUUCAGGGUUUUCAUGGCUAUGGUUGUUACUGGUGCUCUUACUUUGCGUAGGUUUUUUAUAUUUAAUAUCUGUCAAAUAUCAUACCCUACCUUGCCCUACCCUACGAUACCUUAUUUUACCCUAUUCUACCCUAUCCAAAACGUUUCUUCUUUGCCGUACCUUGUCUUACCCGGCUUCGCUCUAUGCUACUCUACUAUAAAUUGCCUGAUCUUAAAUUUCAAGCCUUAUCAACCCUACCGUACCAUUAAAUAACGAUAUUAAUACAUAUACUACCUUAAUUUACCUUACCCUGUUAACAAAAUUAAAAUUCAUUUUUAGACGAAGUCUGUCUAAUUGGCAGACCAUUUGUCAGGAACCUUGCUGAUGGUACAAAACCGCCCAAACCUGAUUUUCCAAAAGACACUGGCAUUUUUAGGUAUAAACCUGAUCAUUUUGUAAGUUUUUUUUAGUUUUUUACAAUUUUUUAAGUAUUUAUUUAAGUUAUUUUUUAAAAUUUUAAUUAAAUUUUUUUUCAUACUUUUCAUUUUUUAAUUUUUUUUAGUUAAAAUCCUCAAAAUUAACUUUCAGGAAUACUUAAACCACCUAAUCGCGGCCCUCUCUGAAUGGGUAUUGGGAGUUGGCUUCUUCAUUAUCAUCGCAUCUUUGUGCUAUGAAUUGAGCAUUUUCGAAGUGAACACGAUGACAAAAGAAGAACACAAACAUUUGGCGGAAGAAACUCGAAAACCAGUCCUAGUUUCUUGCACUUUCAAGGACGAAACAGAUAGUCAAUCGAGUUAA